CAAGAGUUGACCUGGGAUGACGCUCAGCUUUACUGCAGGACACGCUACACAGACCUGGCCACGGUUAGAAACCGGAAGGAGAAUCAGAUCAUUCGUCUUUUGUUCACAGACCUGACCACAGUUUUGCUCAAUCCAGAAAUCAUGAAAAGGGCCCCGGAACCAGCACUUUUAGUCCCACCACCUGUAGCCACAUUAAGGGGCGUGUGGAUCGGCCUGUUUAGCCAGAUCUGGGCAGUAAGUACACGGCCUGGUCUUCAGUGAGCACUCUGAUCCAGAAGAACCUGAUGAUGAAGACCCACAACCCUGCAAGGUAUUCUCUGACAGAAGAGGGUCUGGCUUUAGGGGAGCUCGAGUCUUUAGAGGGAACUAAAGGUCCAGAAGGAGACAGAGAGGAGGCCAGGAGUGAAGGAAACGAGCAGGAGGAGGGAGAAGAAGGUGGCCCGGGGAUUGUGGACCUCACUGUUAGUGAUGAUGACGAAGAGGAGAAGGAAGAGGAGAGAAUACAACCUGCAGAGAGGCCGACCUCCUCUGCUUCCCAGCCGAGGGUUCUCGUUCCUGGGAUGUUCUUUUCAGGAAACCCCGAAAUGUACCGAGCAGAAACCCAAAUUCCUGGAGUCUCCUUCCCGGCUCCUACGAGAUCAUCCUCUGUGUGGACUUCAUUGAGACAACGGGCGGAAGCAAAAACUGCAAGCAGGAUCUGGUCAAAGAGCUGCAGAGGAACGGAGUGACGUUCGAUGUGAGGAAGCUCAACGUGGGAGAUUUCCUGUGGGUCGCUCGGGAAAAGGUCGCGCCUAUUCCAGGACACGGGAAUGGUCGGAUAAAAGUGGCUCCACCUUCCGCUACUGGAAAACAGGACAGCCUGAUAAUGAUGGGCGAAGUCCGAACUGUAUUGCAACUGAUCUGGGCAACAAUGGCCUGUGGUCCGAUGA